AAUGUGCCAGUUUGUUCAAGAUCACAGCUCGUUUGGGUUCACGGUUCACGAGUACGUCGUUGUUUGAUAGAUGGAAUAAUUUGGAGACAGAGAGAGCGCCUCGUGAAUGACCUGGAAAGAGCUUAUCUCCUUUCUUAGUUAGUGUAGCACCAGACGUGGUGACUUGCUUGAGCCAGCCUGGGCGAGCGUGAAUUAACGAGUGGACAAACGAAUGCUCGAACUGGCUGGCGCUGGAAACCAUGGUAGUCAAAGUCAACUAGCUUCUUCUACCAAUAUUCUACCAACCUUCCAUUCGUGUAGCUAUCUAGCUAUCUAUCGUUCGUGUUCUUGUCAAACUGGAUAAGGAGGAAAUAAGAAAGCCGAGCCUCUGAGCUGCGCUAGGUCUGAAGAGUCAGGAGAUUUAGCUGUCGGUCCCCCGGCUGUGUUGUGCGAUUGCUCCAAGGAGAAGCCAUUGCACGGACUGCUCUACCUCCUCUCCCACUCCCAGCCAGAGCAGAAAGAGAGAGCCCAGCCUCCAUUAGCGACAGUCUGGCUGGCAUAGCCGCUGGUACACGUCCAGACACUCCAUGUCCACUAUGUUAUGUUGCCGAUGGUUUAUUCCUCCAAUUACAAUCUAAUCUGAUAUGGAUUUAAUAUGGUUCUCCAUAUGAUUGGAACUAUCUAGCUACGAGUUUCUUGGAUGAAAUAUCCGUAUGAUCAGUUUGACUUCUUUUUUAAACGUAUUCUGAGUCCGAUGUGGCGCUGUAAGCAGAACUGUUUUGGAUGUUAUGCUGUCAGCCAAGGCUCUGAAGUCAGGUUUCCCUGAUUUUCCAGGGAGUCCUCAGCGAUGGAGGUGCUACAGUGCGAUGGCUGUGACUUCCGUGCUGAGUCAUAUGACGACCUCAAGGCACACAUCCAGGAUGUCCACACAGCCUUCCUGCAGCCCACGGAUGUCGGAGACGGAGAGGGGGGCGGGAGUCCCUGCCAGUCCAGGUCAGACUCUCUUAACUCUCCCAGCCAGACAGAGGGGGAGGAGGAGGAUGAGCAGAAUGAAUCUUCCCAAACUGAAACGGGCCACUGCUUCGAAACAGACUUUUCCAGCUCGAACCAAAUGCCAUACAACAAGUCAACAAACCAGUCCAACAAGUCAGCAAACCAGUUAUUCCAGUGUAAGAUCUGUGUCCGUUACUUUAGAUCCAAAUCUCUCUUGAGUAAACACACCAAGAAGGUACAUGGAGCCACACUAAGUGGUGGGAGCUCACCAGCCUCCCAGGCGUCCAAACAGUCCAACUACAACAUCCUUAUCCAUGAUAGUCUCGGGAAAGUGUUCUCCUGCCAGUAUUGUACAUACAAGUCUCCACGCAAAGCCAGGAUCCUGAAACACCAAAAGAUGUAUCAUAAAGGGAAACUUAAUCUGGACCCCCCAGAAUCUCCGUCUGAGGCUGUUGAAGAAUCUGAGGCAUUGUCGUCUGAGGAACCCAGUGAGGAACUAGAAGAGGAUGUGGUGGAACGUGGCAUCUUGGAGUCCAUGGUUAAACCUCUGGGAACGUCCAGGGUGAAUCAGGCUCUUCGUGGUGAAUGGUGUGAUAACAUGAUGAAAAACAACAACAUGGCGAAAAGGAUCUCAGCCAUCCACCCAGGUGGAGAAGGAGAGGGAAGCGCAGGCUCUUCUAAAUCGGAUUCUCCCUCUUCGCCAAGAAGCCCUCCUAACUCCAAUAUGGUUUCCAAUGACCAGAGUGUUAAUGAAGGCUCCUCAGUAGCCAACUGCUCAGUUUUCAAGCUCAGCAAGACCGGCUCUGGGAUAUCACCCUAUCAGUAUUCACAGAUCCAAUCGGUAGCGCCCAACAGCACAGGAUCCUCCAUUUUGUCUGAAAGGUCCACCUUCGUGAUGUCUGAUGUCUCCAACUCUGCCAUAGAGAUGGAUUCAGGCAUGCUGGAUGACCCUAGGAGCACCUCUGAAGACGAUGAUGAACUGGGUGACGAGGAUGACCCCAAAUACACCGACCCGUCAGCCGGUGAUUCUGCUAAGCAGCUUCUGUCUGAGGAGGAUAACAAGAUGCUGGAGACUAAAGGGAUACCGUUCAGAAGGUACAUGAACAGGUUCCAAUGUCCCUUCUGCUCUUUCCUCACCAUGCAUCGUAGAAGCAUCUCCCGUCACAUCGAGAACAUACACCUGUCUGGUAAGACUACAGUGUACAAGUGUGACGUGUGCCCCUUCAUCUGCACCAGCCCUCUCAAGUUAGGCACGCACAAGCAAAGCCACUCCUCAGACUGGGACACCAUGGACUUGACCAGUGAAAGCCCAGGUCCUCAGAACGAGACUCCAGAACCAGUGAACGGAGGAAAUGUUGCUGCUUCCAAAGUCAAUGGGAAAAAGCUAAACAGUGUGCUAAAUGACCUGAAUCAGCAGAACCCUCACCGUUGUACUCUUUGUAGCUUCUCGACCACCACCCUGAAAGGUCUGAGGGUCCACCAGCAACACAAACACUCCUACUGUGACGAAAUGCAAGCUGUCGUUCUGGAGGAGUCAGCAAAUGAGCAGCAGGACACUGAAUUAGAAACGCUCUCCAAUUCUCAGAGCUUUGUACAAAAAACCCAGACUUCGAUUCUUGGACUUGGAUCCAAAAAGCACUUAACCGGGAAAACAGCAAGAAAGUCCAUCAACGACCUACCUUUGGAUCUGUCUCCAGUCAAAAAGAGAACUCGGAUUGAUGAAAUCGCCAACAACCUUCAGAGUAAGAUCAGUCAACAACAGGAGGAUCUGGUGAUUAAUCUGGAAGAAAUUGACGAUGAAGAGGAAGGAGAGCUCAACAUUGAUGAAGAUGCGGGCAGAGACAAGGAGGAGAAUGACAGCGAUAGUAAAAAUCAUGGCUACGUUUACAACAAGCUUUACGAAGGCCGGGUGGGGAAAAGAAAAAGAACUCUUACGUCAAAGCUAAGAAACAUUCCCAUUGCGCUGACACUCUCUGAGGAUGAGGACAACGACUCUGCUGAUCCUAAAGCUGAUCUCCAGGACCAGAGCAGCCAAGACAGCCGGGACACUUCUUUCCAUGAGAACCUGGACUAUUCAGAGGUCUCUGGGGUCGCACGCUUCUAUUGCAAGCACUGUGACUACCACAACAAGUCAGCCCGCAGUGUAAGCACCCACUACCAGAGAAUGCACCCUUAUAUCAAGUUUAGCUUUAGAUACAUCCUCGACCCCGAGGAUCAGAGCGCAGUCUUCCGUUGCCUGGAGUGCUUCAUCGAAUACACCAACUUCAACGAUCUUCACGAUCACUACAUGGAUCACCACCCAGAAGCCAGCAAUGUGCUGAACUUCAACCAGCCAGAUCUGGUGUACAUGUGCCGCUUCUGUUCGUACACAAGUCCAAACGUCAGGAGCUUGAUGCCCCAUUACCAAAGAAUGCAUCCUGAAGUGAAAAUAAACAACGCUAUGAUCUUCUCAAGCUAUGUGGUGGAACAGCAACACAAGGGUGCAGAAUCUCAAACUCUGAGAGAAAUAUUAAACUCCGGUCCCAAGAGUUUCACCUGUAGCUCUUCCACUUCCACGCCCAAGUCCUCAUCCAGUCCUGCCCACAAAAAUGCUGCAAAGACGCAAGAUACAACUGCAGAGACGGAAGCCCUGAAAGAGGGUGGUAAUGUUGUGGUGUAUGACUGUGAAGUAUGCUCCUUUGCUAGCCCUAACAUGCACUCUGUUCUAGUUCACUAUCAGAAGAAGCACCCAGAGCAGAAGGCCUCGUAUUUCCGCAUUCAGAAAACUAUGAGGGUUAUCACAGUUGAUAGGCCACUGUCAGCAGGCAGCUCUUCCUACAAUGUCAACAUACCCACCCCUGUGAAGUCAUCCAGCGCCACAAUGCCAUUUGGUACGGAUGAGGAGAUCUACUACUGUAAACAUUGUGUUUACAGCAACCGCUCUGUUGUGGGUGUUCUUGUCCAUUAUCAAAAGAGACAUCCAGAGAUAAAAGUGACAGCAAAAUACAUCAAGCAUGCCACUCCCACCCCUGGGUUGAUGAAACUAAUGGAUGAGCUACAGAUUGCACCUCCAAAGCAGUUCCUCAAACAGUUCAACAACAACGGAUUCGAUGGAUCCAGUAAUUCCCACGGUAGGGUUGGCACAGAGAAGGGAGAAGCAGAGAUGCUCUUCUUCUGUCAGCACUGUGACUAUGGGAACCGCACUGUAAAAGGAGUGCUGAUUCACUACCAAAAGAAGCACAGGGACGCAAAGUCGAAUGCUGACCUUGUACGCCGGCACACUGCAGUGGUCCGCAGUCAACGAGAGCGAGCUCAGAUGGGCCAGUCAGGCACUGCAGCCUCUGCCAUUGCUCCUGCUGCUCCUGCUGAGAUAGAGACGUCCUCCGAAACCCUUCGCUCAUUGAAGUGCAGGCACUGCUCUUAUACAUCUCCAUACGUGUAUGCCUUGAAGAAGCACCUGAAGAAGGAUCAUCCUACUGUGAAGGCCACAGCCAUGACCAUUUUACACUGGGCGUACCAAGAUGGCAUCCUGGAGGCUGGUUACCACUGUGAGUGGUGCAUCUAUUCCCACGGAGAACCCAACGGGCUGCUCUUGCAUUACCAAAGACGGCACCCAGAGCACAACGUUGACUACACAUACAUGGCCAGCAAGCUGUGGGCAGGGCCAGAUACUACUGCCUCCCAGCCGGGAGGGAACGCUGGGGACACUAAGCACUACCAAUGCAGAGAUUGUGCCUUCGAGGCUUGUUCCAUCUGGGAUAUCACCAACCACUACCAAGCUGUCCACCCCUGGGCUGUCAAAGGGGAUGAGUCUGUGCUACUGGACAUCAUCAAAGGUCAAAGGUCCCAAGUGACACUCCACCCGUCGAUGGCUAAAGGACCACCUUUCACUUUUCUUCCGACUGCGCAUGAUGAAGGCUCACUGGAUAUCCCUACACCACCUCAAGAACACCUCCAACACCAUCCCAGGCUCUCCCACACAAGCAGCUCGAUCUCAAACAGCCCGUACCAGUGCACUGUAUGUCUGUCUGAGUAUAACAGCCUACAUGGACUUCUGACACACUAUGGCAAGAAACACCCAGGCAUGAAAGUCAAGGCGGCUGACUUCGCACAGGAAGCUGAUAUCAAUCCAAGUUCGGUUUACAAGUGCCGCCACUGUCCGUAUGUGAACUCACGCAUCCAUGGAGUUCUCACUCAUUACCAGAAGAGGCAUCCGUUGGUGAAGGUAACCGCGGAGGACUUCUCAGAUGAUAUAGAGCAGGUUAAAGAUAUAACUGAAGUGGAUGACAAGUGCAAAACCCAAAGACAGGGCUAUGGUGCGUACAGGUGCAAAAUGUGUCCUUACACUCAUGGGACAUUGGAGAAACUGAAAAUUCACUACGAGAAAUAUCACAAUCAGCCAGCUUCAGAUAUGUUCAAGACUCCCCACAUGCAAUAUUCCACAGUGAAAGAUGAGCCGGUGGCUGAAUGCAGUGCCACGAGUCUAUCGUCAGAGGUACAAGAGGUCAGCGAAUUCGAACUCGCUCUCACCCAGUUCCCCAUCAACAAAGGAGAGGCCCAUGCUGUGUUUAGGUGUCAGCUCUGCAAGUACUUCUGCUCGACCAGAAAAGGCAUAGCUCGACACUACCGCAUAAAACACAACAAUGUCAGAGCUCAGCCGGAAGGCAAGAACAAUGUCUUCAAGUGUGCUCUCUGUUCGUACACCAAUCCCAUUCGCAAAGGCCUGGCGGCUCACUAUCAGAAGCGUCAUGACAUUGAUGCCUACUACACACAUUGCCUGGCAGCCUCCAAGACGUUGACGGAGAAGCCCAGUAAAGUGGUGGUGCCCUUGGCGUCGGAGGCGGAAGGGUCGGAGCUGACCGAGGAGUUACGAUUGGCCGUGGAGAGGAGAAAGUGUUCGCUCUGUGCUUUCCAGGCCUUCAGCAGGAAGAGCAUAGUCUCCCACUACAUCAAACGCCAUCCAGGAGUCUUCCCCAAACGGCAACACUCCAGCAAACUCGGACGCUACUUCACUGUACUCUAUGCCAAAGAACCCGAACCUAUCGAAGAGGUGAACAAAGUGGUGGAGGUUGAACCAAAGCCCGAGCCAGAGGGAGAGGUUGCCGAGUGGCUGCCGUUCAAGUGUCUAAAAUGCUUCCAGCUAUCCUUCAGCACGGUCGAUCUGCUCUCCAUGCACUACAACGACCAUCACAGUGGCAAGGACCUGAAGCGGGACUUCGUCAUCCACCCCAGCCUUACGGAGGAUGGGACGGAGACAGAGCUCUAUCAGUGUGCCCACUGUGAGCUGAAAUUCCUGGGCCUUCCUCUCCUCAGCACUCACCUGAUGAACCAUAACGAGGAGUUCCAGAAGAGGGCGAUGAGGCAGGAGAGGAGGAGGCAGCUCCUUAGCAAGCAGAAGGCAUCUGAGCCACCGGAGACAAAGACUGAGAAGCUAUUGAACAAUGCUGACAAAGCUCCGAUCGGCUACAGGUGUAACUUCUGUGUGGAGGUCCACCCCACUCUCAGAGCCAUCUGUAACCACCUGAGGAAACACGUCCAGUACGGGGAGGUCAAGGAGGGCCAUGUCAAGCAGGAAGUCACAGAUGUACCAUUGUCUACCAUCCCGGGAGAGAACAGCAUCACCAACGGAGAGGUGGAAGAGGUGACCGACAACUCCAUCAUGGAGACAUCCCCCAAGGACAUGACGAUGGUCGCCGGGGAUGUGGUUGCCAUAGAAACGACGGAGAUGGCAGUUGGAGAGGGGGUUGGGUUUGUUGCGCCCGUCGGCCAGCAGGUGAAGGAGAGGCUUGUUGGGGGACACCCGUGUGCUCAGUGCGACCGCGUCUUCAUGUCGAUGCAGGGGCUGAGGUCCCACGAGAGGAGCCACUCAGCCAUGGCCAUGUUCACCAGAGAGGACAAGUACAGCUGCCAGUAUUGCCAGUUCGUCUCCCCCUUCAGACACAAUCUGGACAGACACGUGCAGUCCCACCAUGGGCACCACAAGCCUUUCAGAUGCAAGCUCUGUCCCUUUAAGUCUGCCUACCUGAGUCGCCUGAAGAGUCACCUACACAAAGCACACGCAGGCGAGAACACCUAUAAGUGCUUGUCCUGCCCCUUCUCCUCAAUGACUAUCAGCCAGCUGAAGGAGCACUCUCUGAGGGACCAUGGGGAGGCCCUGACCCUCCCCAGGCUUCGUGCUGGCGCUACCACCCAGGGCCCCCAGACCAGGCCCCUCAGGCUGGGCUCAGACCCUCACCAGACACCCCUGACCUCUAACCUUGACGAUGCUGGGUACCUGCAUGAGACGGCGGACGUACGGCAGCAGCUCAGUCACUAUCAGCUAGCAUCUCGUAGUCAUGUGACCUCCCCCACCGCCCCGGCCCAGGGCACGACCUCCGACACGCGUCCGGAUGGCAUCCUGACCUGUGAGUUCUGUGAGUUCAGUUCGGGGUACAUGCAGAGCCUGCGCCGCCACUACAGAGACAGACACGGAGGGAAGAAGCUGUUCAAGUGCAAGGACUGCUCCUUCUUCACCUGCUCCAAGUCAGCAUUCACCAUGCAUGUGGAAGCAGGACACACUGUGGUUCUUGAGGAGGGUCACAAAGACCUGCGCUGUCCACUCUGUCUCUACCACACCAAAUACAAGAGCAAUAUGAUCGACCACAUCGUCCUGCACAGGGAGGAGCGCGUGGUACCCCUGGAGGUGUCCCGCUCCAAGCUGUCUCGCCACCUGGCGGGUGUGGUGUUCCGCUGCCACAAGUGCACCUUCACCUGCUCCAGCGACCAGAGCCUGCAGCUGCACAUCACCAAGCAUAACGAGAUGAAACCCUACCAGUGCCAGCUGUGUUACUACGACAGCAGGCAGCGUUACCAGCUGGAGGAACACCUCCGAGACGAGCACAAGGUGAUCCGUAACUUUGAGUCGAUGGGGCGGGUCAAUCUGGAUCAGCUGGAUGCUUUAAAGGAGAUUCGCAGUAGCGCCGAGGAGGAAGAGGAGAGAGAGGAGGAUGGAACGGUCAUGGAAGAAGAGAUGAUGGAGGAGUGUAGAGAUGAAGACCUAGAGGAGGAAGAGGAAGGGGGAGUGGCAGAAAAGCAUUUUCCUAAAGAUGUCCCUGUGGUUUCACCUAGCAGCAGCAGUGUGUCUGCCUCUGCUGAGAAGCGUUUCCCCUGUGAGUUCUGUGGUCGUUGCUUCACCAACAACAUAGAGUGGGAACGCCACGUCCUCCGACACGGAAUGACUGUUACCAACAGCAGAACAACAGACACUAGCACCACUCCAGCAAUAGAAACCUCAGCUCAGCUUCUUAUUGGCUCGUUGGAUGUCGUGACAAUGACCGAUAGAGGGAUGGACCUAUCCAGCAACGGCAUGGAGGUGGAGAGAGGAUAUGCCUCUGACCUAUCACAGAGUAGUAAAAAUCAGAAUGAGGAAGACAAAGAAAUACUUGAGACCAAAAAUGACCUAUAGGAAGAGAUGGAAGAGAAGAGAACUGUGGCCUAACAUUGUAGUCACUGUGCUAGAGACCAUAACAUUAGGUUGUAUGGAUAUUGAUGUUGGGUAUCAAAAAUAGGCUGCAAAAAAAAAGAUGUAAACAUAAAAAACUAAGUCAAAGGAAUUGUCACCUUUUGGAGCAUUGUUAGCUUUUAAGUGUAACAUAUUGGAAACAAUAGGUUGUGUUCAAUGAUUUAUAUAUACACUAGAUGACUGACAGGGAGCGCUGUUUUGAAGCCGCCAUACCUCCAUCUUGGCUCUCCCCCACCAUUGUGUUGAAGCCACCGCGCCUCCAUCUUGGAACUCCCCCACCGUUGAAAAAUAUUUUGGAAGCUAUAGAAAUGCAUUUAUAAAGUCUACAUUUGUUUUUGCCAUGUUUAUUCUAUACUGAACAAAAAUAUAAAUGCAACAUGCAACAAUUUCAACAAUUGUACUGAGUUACACUUCAUAUAAGGAAAUCAGUCAUUUUAAAUAAAUAAAUUAGGCCCAAAUCUAUGGAUUUCACGACUGGGCAGGGCCCAACCACUUGGGAGCCUGCGCCACCCAUUGGCGAGCCAGGCCCAGCCAAUCAGAAUGAGUUUUUCACAACAAAAUGUCUUUAUUACAGACAGAAAUACUCCUGUUUCAUUAGCUGUCCAAUUGGCUGGUCUCAGAUGCUCCCGCAGGUAAAGAAGCCAUAUGUGGAGGUCCUGGGCUGGCGUGGCUACACGUGGUCUGCGGUUGUGAGACUGGUUGGACAUACUGCCAAAUUCUAUCAAAUAACCUUGUAGGCAUCUUAUGGUAGAGAAAUUAACAUAACAUUCUCUGGCAACAGCUCUGGUGGACUUCUGGCAAAAGCUCUGGUGGACAUUCCUGCAGACAGCAUGCCAAUUGCACACUCCCUCAAAACUUGAGACAUCUGUGGCAUUGUGUUAUGUAACAACACUGCACAUUUUAGAGUGGCCUUUUAUUGUCCCCAGUACAAGGUGCACCUGUAAUGAUCAUGCUGUUUAAUCAGCUUCUUGAUAUGCCACACCUGUCAAGUGGAUGGUUUAUCUUGGCAAAGGAGAAAUGCUCACUAACAGGGAUGUAAAAACAAAUCUGAGAAAAAGCUUUUGUGCAUUUGGAACAUAUAAUUUAUAUCAGUUCAUGAAACAUGGGACCAACACUUUACAUGUUGCAUUUAUAUUUUUGUUCAGUAUAUUACAGACAUGUUAAUGCAUAUUUUUGUUAUUAUAUUAUGUGAGCUAAACAUAAAAAUAAAAUUUGAAAAAAAAUAUAUAUAAAAACAUUUUCAUUAAAGUAUAAUGUUUUGAAAGUGCUAAUGUUACUUUCCCUACUACAGCAACAAAAAUACUUAAAUACAUUUAAUUUUGACCUUGAAUCAUUCUAUUUUAAUACUGUAGAAUUCCAUUCAUUUCUAUGGACUGCUUCUUCUGUGGAGGGCCAAUAUGGCCGACCGGUGGCUUCAAAGCCUCUCAUUGGCCCAUACAUAGCAUCAGCAAUCCAGGGUUUAUAUACAUCACCGUUUGUGUUACAUCCCAAAAAAAUGUAAAUGGCUGAACUUUAAAAUUAGUCACUAGUCCCAUAGAAUAGAUGUUAAUAUAUUGGUAACCAAUAGUGAAUGGUACUGUAAAGCAUACAUUCAGGUCAAAUCGUCAGUUUCCACAGGUUAAGUCCUAGUUCACGUCUACUGAACUAAGAUAUUUAUUUUGUUUAAAGAAAGAGUGGGUGACAUUUCCCCAAAACAUGUUUGAAAUUGGAGAAUUACAUUUUGAAGCCUAUACAGUGCCUUCAGAAAGUAUUCAUACCCUUUUGAUUUAUUCCACA